AUGGUUCUAUCACCAAUACUGUUAAAAUCAUCGUUAUCGAUAUGUUUGAAAAAUCUUAUCUGCGUGACAUCAACGACGGCAAUAGGUUCCGUCAGGAGUCGAUAUAGCCAUCCUUUACCGCCGACAGUUUUAGCAAAAAUCUUUGGUAGUAAUAAAGGGAAACCUUUCGGAAAAGAUGCGACUGCUGGCUCAGAUUUACAGAGAAAUACAGUUAAUUUUCUGAAAGUGAAUUAUUCGAAUUUUAGUUCGCCAUGCUUACGAGAAGAACUCUUAUGCAAGACUUCGGAAUCAGUUAGAGACUGUUGUCAUAAAGUCACUAUUGUCGGUGCUGGUAUGGUUGGCAUUUCUGUUGCCAAUGCGCUCCUUCUUCAACGAAUUACUUCGCACAUUGCAAUAGUAGACGCCUUUCCUAAAAAGUUGGAAGGCGAAGGAAUGGAUUUUGCUCAUUCUUCUCCAUUUAUAGGAGAUCCAAAAAUCGAAUACGACACAGAUUUUUGUGUGACAAAUAAUUCGAAAGUUGUAGUGAUUUGCGCGGGUGUACGACCAAAGGCGAAGGAAAGUAGACUUGAUUUAGUCCAAAGAAAUGCAGAAAUAUUAAAAAAUAUAAUACCUCCUCUAGUAAAUUAUAGCCCUAAUGCUGUGUUCAUCGUUAUUAGCAAUCCUGUGGAUAUCUUGACCUGGAUAACCUGGAAGGUGAGCGGUCUUCCGCCCUAUCAAGUAAUUGGCAGCGGAACUCAUCUGGACAGUGGAAGAUUUCGUUAUUUGAUUGGUGAUCGAUUAGGAAUAGCACCAAGUUCGGUUCAAGCUUUUAUGAUCGGUGAACACGGGGACAGUAUGGUUCCGCUCUGGUCUGGAGUGAGCGUCGCAGGAGUGCAAUUCCGCGAUAUUAUCCCAAAUAUUGGUUUGGAAACGGAUGAUGAAAAAUGGUACGAAGUAUCGAGAGAAGUCAUAAAGUUAGGUCCAACGGUGCGAUGUUUAAAAGGAUACUCAAAUACAGCAAUUGGAUUUUCCGCAGUAGAUAUCAUAAUCGCAGUGUUACGCAAUACUCAAGCGAUUAUACCAGUUUCAACUCUAGUACAGGGUCAUCAUGACGUAUGUGACGAAGUAUUCCUAUCGCUACCUUGCGUGAUUGGCGAAAAUGGCAUCACGAAUAUUAUUCGAAUGCAUAUAACCGAAUACGAGAAAAAGCUGUUCCUGUCUUCGGCGAACAUUGUGCAUAACAUACAGAAAAAAAUUAACAUUAAAGCUUGA